GUAAAAUCUCGUUGUUCGAUUUUAUCACGAUACGAAGUUAGCUUCUUUCGCUACCGAUCAACGUCUUGAUAAGAUUCGUCUGAAAACGUACGAUGUUUGACCGAUUACAGAUUACGGCACAAGAUUUAUUCAUUAUAAAUGUUGCAUGUCGUUUGUUGCAUUGUUGAUUCAGAGUUUCCUUGGCAUCUACUGCAGUUAAUGUUUCGAUCGAUAGUAGAAUGGUCUAAUAAAUAUUACUGAAAACUUUUGUUCGCAAGAGAAUAAAAAAAGUUUAUGAAAAAUCGAAAGACCAGCAGACAGAUUGCGAGGCAGAUCCUAUUGGUGUCUUUAGCAUUUAUUCCUAACGACGUCGUAUGAUUUAGAUCAUAUGUAAUCUAACGAUCCUAUCACAUACAAGUUCAACAAGCUAUAGGCAACUAUAGGCAAGAAACUAUUUUUAUCUUUCACAAUCGAAAGCGAACGAAUGAACGACCUUAAAGCGUUGCAGGUGCAACGAACGACCGCGAAUAGAAAGGAAGCAACGGAUGAACUGUCCACGUUGCCACUCCUAUCGCUUCUCACCCUCUCAUUUCGAUAUUUUUAUCUUCGUAUAUACCCCUUUUUCUAUUCUAUUUUCGAUACUCGUGUACUAUCCUCAUAUUUCCUAGACUUUAUCGCCGCAUUACGGAUGAUCUAUUCCUGCAUUUAUGGAAAAUUAAAGUUAAUAUACAAGAAUACAUAAAUAACUAAAGUAAAGCGCUCGUUAUAACAUCUAUUGGAUAGAAAAAUGUCUAUUUAGGUUUACAUUUCUCCAAUUGCGAUUACUAAAAUAUAAAAUUACAUAUCGAGCGUUCUUUCUCUUUCCCUCUUCAUCUUUGAUCGACUAUGGGUAUUUAUCCAAAUUCGUAUGUUAUUAACAACUACAAAAGUAGAACUCUAUUUUGGACAUUUUGCAUCUAUAUAUAAUUAUCUAUAUGUCCAAUUGCAAGGAUGCAUAAGAAUCCGUAAUUCACCGAUCAAUGGCCAUUACUUCAUUCAGUUUUCAUUCUUGCGGUUCACAGUAAGCUGAAUUGUGACAAUGCGAUUGCGCGUGCGUAACUUGAUAUCGGAGGGUUGGGAUUAACAGAAAAAGAGAUACGACGGAUGUGUGCGCGCUUUAGUAGGAUAAGUAGGAGGGUGGUUCUCGCGUACUCGUGAGCGCGUGCGCGCAUGCAGGUGAAACACAUAGAUAUAGGUAGCAAAAGGGGAAGAGGAUAGAGGCAGUCGCAAAGGGGGGAUGAUAGUGGCGGCGUUGAUGGUGAUACGCGAGGAGAAGAAAUGCGAAAGGAGGCUUCAUUGGCGAGCAGCGCAUAAACGCAGCGAAACAGGCGACCAGAAUCGACCGGUGACCUGUUACACGCAUACAGACAUACGUGCACGUUGAAAGUGUGCGGUCAAACUGCAAGACUCGGAAGAAAUAAAAACAAACGUGGAAUAAACGAGAAAACUGGCAGAAAAAUAAAAAUCGGGUAUAGGAGGUGAAUAGAAAAGACAGAGAGAGGGAGAGAGGGAAAAAGAGAGAGAGAGAGAGAGAGAGAGAGAGAUAGGGAUAACAAGGGAUGUGAAAGCACCGUGAAAGGGAUCUUGCGAAGAUACUUUUUUCACGGCACGAGGAUGGCCGUGACGUCGAUGAAAGGAGAUCGUAUUAACCGGAGGGUGGUUCAGUAAGCACGACACCUACGUAGCCAAGAAGACGACGCCUACGUACAGCGCAAACACGCCGAGAACGCAUCGUAACCGACAGUUUUUAUGCAAAUCAAUAAUUCGAGUACGACGCAGCAAUAAAGCUUUGCCUUUAUUUCCUAGAAAUAUCGAACGUUGUUGUUGCCGAAUAACAGUGACGACCAGGGCGACGUCGCGUCGCGUCGACGGCAGCGGGCGCCCGACACUCGAUAACGAGUUUCUAUCGUGGUAGAAGCGUUCGGCAGACGUCGGCUGAGUGUGGAGGAAAGCGUAAGAGUGCCUUUGGUCGCUUGCACCGUUGAUUCGCCUUUCGCGUGCCAAUAAUCGGUGCUGCGUACGUGUUUCGUGAGGCACGUAAAAGAAGUUGGUCACGUCGAAUUCGCUGGUGCAUAAUGUGCAACGUUUCUGAGAAAGGGUCGAAGACAAUGAGGCGAAUUCACUUGGAAAGUAUUUCGCGACGCAGAAGGUGGUCUCUGCGAUUCGGCCUUUUCCUCGUGUAUAUAUUAGUCCAGUACGUCACUUGUGCAAAAAUACCUGAAGAGGUAACGUCUCCUUAUCCCAGUUCCACGGACCGCGAAGAAAACUGGACGUUAGAUUCUACCUCGGAAUCGUUCACGCCCGAGACAGAGGCCAGCGUCGAACCAAAACCAAAAGCAAAGGAAGAGGCUGUUUCGGAGAAAGAAAAGAACGAAAGGACCGAACCGAAGAACGAAAAGAACAGAACGGAAGAAAAGAACGAGGGCCAGCAGAAACAUGGAAAGAAGACACCGGAAGAAGAAAAAUCGAAGCUCGGUGAACAUUCGAAGGAACGGAACGCCGCUUCGACGGAGAAAGCUUCUCCAGCAGAGAAAACUGUUCCGAAAAAGGAAGUGGCGACAGCGAAUGUCCCUGGAACCACAACGGUUCCAACAACGACCACUAUGAAGUACGAACAUGCAACGUGGAGACCGCGAAGGAAAGAUUGCUCGCCACCUGCGAUCGAACAAUUUCCACGACCAUUAAUGGGUCCCUCGGCUAGAAAACACGGUGGAUUGAUCAUUCAUAUUUUAGUUGCAAUUUACACCUUCCUGGGCCUUGCCAUUGUUUGCGACGAUUACUUCGUCUCCAGUUUGGAUCGAAUUUGCGAAGAACUGCGAUUGUCUCCGGACGUUGCUGGAGCGACUUUUAUGGCUGCCGGUUCUUCGGCUCCGGAAUUGGCAACCGUGGUGAUCGGUGUGUUCUUUGCCAAGGAUGAUAUCGGAGUAAGCGGUGUAAUCGGAAGUGCGGUGUUCAAUAUAAUGUUCGUGAUAUCGGUGUGUGGACUGUGUACGUCGACAGUGUCAAAGUUGAAUUGGUGGCCCCUCUGCCGGGAUUGUUUUUUCUACGCUGUAUCGAUUCUGGUGAUGCUGGGUACAAUUUACAACGAAUCGAUAUCUUGGAUGGAAUCUCUGUUCAUGUUGUUCAUGUACGGCGUGUACUGCGUCGCUUUAUCUUACAACGCUAGACUGGAACGUUGGGCGAAAUCUUACAAUAUACCUUUUCUACCAAAAGACGACGAACCCGCGGAGGAGAGCGCUCUUGUUAGUUAUAGAUCGUUACAAGAGGACCGCUUGUCUUACACAGGGCCGAGUUCGCCUACGGAUCAAUAUAAAGAGCAGGAAGGUGUAACUGCAGGAGCAGUGGCAGGAGGAAACGUUCCUGAAACGAACGAAUCGGCACCACCGAAACAACCGAGCUAUUACAAAGCGAAAGAACCAGAUCCGAACGAGGUAUCGCCGUUAGAGAAGCCCACCGACGGUAGCAAAUGGUCUCUGUUCACCUGGGGUCUCGUCUAUCCGAUUCAUUUCAUGUGCCGCGCCACAAUGCCGGAUUGCCGACAAGACAAAUUUAGGAAUUGGUAUCCCUUUACCUUCUGCGUGUCGAUGGUUUGGAUCAGUUUCUACAGUUACUUCAUGGUGUGGAUGAUUACGAUUAUAGGUAGCACUCUUGGCAUACCAGACACGGUGAUGGGUUUGACGUUCGUCGCUGCCGGUGUCAGUGUGCCCGACGCGCUCUCGUCGUUAGCCGUGAUAAAAGAAGGCCUUGGUGACAUGGCCGUGAGCAACGCUGUCGGCAGUAACGUCUUUGAUAUACUUGUUUGCCUCGGGCUUCCAUGGUUUAUACAAACUGCGAUGAUACAACCCGGCUCGCACGUGAACGUCACUAGUCGAGGUCUGACGUACUCGACGGUGUCUCUACUGUCAACGGUGGUGUUCUUAGUCCUGGCGACCCAUUUGAACGGCUGGAAGCUGGAUCGACGGUACGGAGCGAUAUUGAUGGUUUGGUACUUGGUAUUCAUCACAUUUGCCUCGCUCUACGAACUAAAUGUCUUUGGUGAAAUGAAUCCUCCGGUUUGCUUCAGCGCAUUUUAAACGAACGCCACUUAAUCGUAUACAGACUGACGAGGAAAAUGAAAUAUAAUGGAAAAAGUGGAAAAGGAGGAGCAGUGAAAGCGAGGGAGGGAGAGAGAGAGAGAGAGAGAGUGCGUGUGUAAGCAACCGACUGAAUGCUCGAUGAAAAUGUUCUCGUCGAACUCGAUCUCAUUGCAUCGUGUAAGUAUCAGGCUGCUAAAGCACGAUGGAAGAUAGUUCGAAAACUCUUUUAUAAUAUUUUCGUUUCAUUCUUCCAUCCUCCGUCUCGUUUCUUCUCGUUCCUUUUCGUUCUUCUUCUUCUUCUUCUUCUUUCUUUUCCGUUUCCCCUUCUUCUUCUUCUCUUCUUCUUCCUUCUUCUUCUCUUAUCUUAGCUUCUAGCCCUAUUCUAAUUUCUACGUGAAUUGAAAUUUCAAGCAAAAGUGAGGAAGAAUGGCAGAGGAAUGAGAAAAAAGGUGACAAGAUUCCAGUUCGCACUGGAAUUAAAGAAUAUAUUUCAAAUGCGCUCGUCUUAACAUCUAUUUGUACAAUAACGCGUUAGAUGAUUUGUAGCGUCACCUCUCGAGCACAAAUUCGAGUUCUAUUCUCACGUCGCGUGAAUUUUCCUUCCAUCGAAACAUCGACGAUUCUCGGUGUUUCACUUUGCUUCCACUUGUUAUUCGUAUGAUAUCGAUCGAGCUUUCUUUCGGAAGCAAAUGGAAAACGCAACGAAAACAAGCUCUAUCGUUGUUCGUAAGUUUGGAGUCAGUCAAACGGACAAUACACUCAUCAGUAUUAAAACGCAAACGACGACGUUGUUAAGUAUUAUGCAAUCUAGAAUCGGUAGCGGAAUAGAACUGGUGGAUCGAUCGUAUUAACUCGUCGCGCUUACUUUCGAAUCGUAGACGCGCGAGACGCCACAGUCCGAAGACUCUAGACAGUCGUUUUCGUUAAUCGAAUAUCGUUUCUAUCUUUCGUGCCUCUUUGCUCUUUCAAACCUACUCUGUUUCCUCGUUCGACUCUUACUGCUCUACUUGUCGUACUUCCACCGAAAUUUCUAAUCGAAAGCUGCUGCACUUUCGCUUAUUUCUUACGUUUUUAAACGUUUCUCGCAAUCGGCAUCCAGUCAAUUUCUUCUUGUACGAUGAUUCGUCCGUCCGUGCGUUCGUUGGUUCGUUAAUUCGUUGAUUCAUAUUGCCGUUUUUCUUCCUCGACAAGCGAUAUAGUGCACACGCGAGAAUAAUUAUUUUGCUAUCGAGAUAAUCGUUCCCUUGUUCUUAUCGCGCACAUAUACGUUUUCUAUGCAAGUAUACGCGUGUAUGCGUGUGCGUACGUCAGUGUUUUCAAACGGUUCUAUUCGCGGAAAAGUUAAUUUUCCAACAACGUAACGUUUUUUGAUAGAUAUUUUCUAAUCAGCGCGUCGAUAACAGCGAAUUUAGCGUAUCGAUAGAUGAAAAAUGUUGCGAAAGAAUUUACUUCGAUGUUUCUUUCCCUCUCUUGAACGAUCGUUUGCCUGUGGCCUAACGCGUUUUUUCGAAAUCACGAAAGUACCUUUUAAUCCGUCUUUUACGAAAUAUUUCUCUGUUCGCGCGUAACUGCGGCUGGAGCCGCUACUACGAAGCGCUUUAUCGAUCAGAGAAGUAGAAUUAACGUUUAACAGUCAGACGCGAUGCAGCGGCACCCGAAAAGCUUGCUUUCUUCCAGAGGAAAUCGAUAAACGUCGGACAAACUAGCCACGUUCGAAUCGAGAUUUACGACGCACCGUUGUUUUCCUCGCUGACGAUCGAUACCAUUCGUCCUCACUAUCUACCGGUCUUUUUAUCGACCUUUUUACCGACAGGUUUGUUACGUGCACUCAAAUACGUUGUUUCUGGCGCGUUCCUUUCCGCACUAUUAUCUCUGUUUUUCUUUCACUUUCUAACGUCCUGAACGAAUAUGAAACGACGAAAGACGAUGCAACCAGUCGCGAAGUUCGAGUUUAUCGGACGAAUUAGACCGUGGGUGAGGGAGAGGCGAGCGCUUUCAACGAGUCGAGCGAAUGAUCGAACGCCGUUCGCGUACUCGCGUAAAAGUACGAUUGCUUGCAAAGGAUUGCAUUAAAAGCUUCGUUUCGGACAAAUCGUACGCAUCGAUCAAAGGGAUUACGUAGGACCCACGUGGAUCAGUGGAGGCGAGUCAAAAGGUAGAAACGAAGUUGACGGAAGAAGGUGAAAGAGAUAGAAGGGUACACUUUCGACGAGUACGAGACGAGAUAACAAAAGAGACAAUAAUUAACGCAGCCUUAUCCGAUGAAAGUAUCUACAACGUUACUCUGCGCGAUCCUUGAGAUCAGCGUGUAAAAGGAUAGCGUUCGGUAUUCUUCCGUUUUCCCAUACCUUUCGAUCUGUCUGUUGCCUGGCCAUUUUGCAAAGACGAUCGAUCAACGUUUCUAGACUAUUAUACGUACGAUAUUCUAUGUAGUCGCUAAGCGGAAAGCGGGCCGGCGGUGAAUUCCAAACAAAGAGCAAACCGCGAUCCGCGAACAGCCUAAGUAUUUAUUGUAUUUGUCUGUCUACGUUGAUCAGCGCUUCUUCGUACAUCGUGCGUCGUACAUCGUACCGUAUGCGCGCAUUCGCCUGUUCCAAAAGCAAAUACAAUGCAAACGUAAUUCGUAAUGUGUCACGAGCACAGUUGCGUUUGAAUCGGUACGCGGUCCGAUGACAGAUCGCAAAGAUCGCGCAGGCGUUUUAACGUAAACCGAACGCGUGUGUUAUAUGCAUGCGUGCUCCAUUACGUAAGUACAUGUACGUAUACACACGUACAUAUAUCGUAUGCGUGCGUAUAUAGAUAUGUACGAUUACGCAUUAUACAUAUAUAGCUGUAGCAAUACAUACAUCUACAAACUGUAUAUUACGCACUGUAUAUGUAUAUGUAUAUGCACAGUACGUAGUAUACAUAAAGAAAAGUAUAUACGAUACGUACGAAAGCUUAGAUUUAUAUGAUUAUCGAACGUUCUACGUGUUUGUUCACUACCAUUAUUUGUUAUAUUGUUAGCGCUUCAGGCGGAUACACGUUGAUAUUAACUAUUAGCGAUAUCGUGAGAUAUAUAGUAUGCUCGCUCGUUCGCUCGAUCGAUCGAUCGAAUUGAACUCAAAUUACACCUCCAUAUAGAGUAUAUAUACAUGCGUGUGCGUGCGUGUAAUUCAACUUCAACGAAGCCAACCGCGGCAUUUAACAAGCGUUCGAUCGAUCGAUGCGAAGCAAGAGACGGUGCGUUCUGACGCAUACGAAUACGCGUUGGAAACGCGUUCAAUUGGUCGAAGCGUAAUUAUCGGAUGCAGCUUCGCGAAGCGAGGCGCGCGAAGAAGCAGCGAUGAUUCGCUAGAAAAUUACGUUGGCGUCGUUUCGACCAAGUGGGAUUAAGUCGGAUCGACGACUUGCGCGACGUGCACCGAGAAACGAAAAAAAGAAGGACCCGCUAGGUGAACGACUAAGAUGGGAAUGGGUGUAAAACGUGGUUCGGCCUUCUCUCGUUGACGAAGGUUUGGCUCUGUAGAAUUUUAUUUUUCUCCCGAUCGUCGACUCUGUGAAUUCGCCUACGUGUUUCGUAGCCGAGUAACGUACUCGUCAUUCGUGCAACAACGUUCGAAAAUUGGUGUGGUUCUAGUCAAUGAAGAUCAAUUAGUAGCGUUAUCGUAGGUGUAUAUCGUUAGAUAGUUUAGCGUAACUUGGAUCAAUUCUCCGGUGCCCUUAAAAUAGGCGUAGCUCAUACGUUCGAGUCAAUAUAUUCGAUACGGCUUAAAAUUAGACGUUUUACGUACGUUUUGAUCGGACCUAUUUACCCGUCCUUCGCCCCUCUCUGUCUCGUUCACCAAUUUUCGAACAACGGACCAACGAAAAAUCUGUUUCGAAGGUAUCUCUAUCCGAUUCAAAAGUUUAAGUAACACGAACAAGGAGACUCGUUGUUUAUCGAUAUAGAUAUCGACCCGUCGAUGAUUCAUUGUUAACUGUUGUGAAUGUAGAUUUUAUAUCGUCGAGUAAUAUGCAUACGCAUACAUACAUAUACGCAUACCUAUAGAUAUACGUAUAUAAGAAUAUACAUAUACAGAUAAUAUAUAUACAAUAUAUAUAUAUAUAUAUAUAAAUAUAUGUAUACAGACUCUCUAUAUUUGGCACAUACUAUAUGCAAGUAUACGUAUAUUAUGCGCCUAGCUUAAUUAACAGGAUUAGUUGAUUUCAAAUAUAUAGUUUCUUCUUCUUCUU